AUGAAGCAGACAGAGGAGGUUGAGGCCGUGCCCGAGCACCCGCAGGACCCCGAGUCCCUCUUCAACCUCAUGUCGGGCAUCUUGGGCAUCUCCCCUUUCGCCGCCCCCGAGGGCCAGCAGAGACAAUCGGACCCUCUUUACUCCUCCUGCCCCGAGGUGACUCACGACCAGCUGGACCUUUAUGCCAACUGCCAGCCUGAAAUGAGCGCGUGUGUCCAAGCGCCCUUCCCGGAGCAGGGAUACGCCGGCUUCCCUGGCGCAGAGAGCGAGCCCGCACUGCAGGGAAGUGCCUCGCAGGGCUUCUUCGACACCAAGCUCCUGGACAGCAAGCAGGACAUCAAGCUGCCCUCGCUUUCCCCAGCCCUGGACAAGUUCAAGGCGCCCUGCUCGCAGUGGGAGCCCAUCACCCAGCACCAGGCCUUCGUGCCCACCGGCUACCAGCCCGCCGAGGCCUUUGCCGCUGCGGACGCUGGCCACACUCUGUUCCAUGCACUGGGCUCCAAGAUGGAAAACGUGCUCUCUGUGAGCUGCCAGUCACAGCUCGGCAGCCUCGCGGAGGAUCCCGGCUGCUUUGGCAGCAAUUUGGGGUUUGCUUGCGAGCCGGAUAAUUUCCAGGCCCGCGGUGACUUUGGCGAUGCCAAAAUCCACAGCCUCCCCACGCAGCUGAUCCCAGAGUUUGACACCUCCUUGGCGCAGCCGGACGUCCUGCCGGGUUUGAUGAGCUCAAACGAGCUGCUCCAUCCUCAGCCGUCCCCCUCCAUCCCCGCCACGGACUUUCUGGCCCACCCGGCACCGUCUUCCAUCGCCUCCCUGCUCCCUGCCACCCCGCCAGCCCUCGGCGAGCCCAAGAAGAAGACGCGCAGGACCAAGUGCUCAUCCAAAUGCUUCUGCCCCAAACCCCAUGAGAAGGCCUUCGCCUGCCCCGUGGAGAGCUGCAUCCGGAGCUUCGCCCGCUCCGACGAGCUCAACCGGCACCUGCGCAUCCACACGGGCCACAAGCCCUUCCAGUGCCGCAUCUGCCUGCGCAACUUCAGCCGCAGCGACCACCUCACCACGCACAUCCGCACGCACACGGGCGAGAAGCCCUUCUCGUGCGACGUGUGCGGGCGCCGCUUCGCCCGGAGCGACGAGAAGAAGCGGCACAGCAAGGUGCACAUGAAGCAGAAAGCCCGCGCCGAGGAGAAGCUCAAAGGCCUCGGCUUCUUCUCGGUGGGUCUCUCCUUCGGGGCACUGUGA